GGCGAUCGGCUACCAUCGCGGGUGAAGGCGGCGGGAAUGAUGGGGAUGAAUGGAAGUUACGGAUGGAAGAAGGAAAUAUGAAUGUAUUUAUUCUUGCUUCGGGACUUGACAUCGUACCAUCGUCGGACACCAGAAUCUUGUGCGAGAUCUUGAAAAACUUCAAAACAAUGUAACAUUCAAUUGUCGGGUUUCUUGCAGUCUGUGGCAUAGGCCCUCAGCCACUUGCGUUCCUGUUGAGAUUUAUCAUGCGAUGUGAAAAAUUGGGCAUAGCAAUAGUGACACCCACUUUGUUACUGCCUUGUGUUCCUAGUACUCUUAAACCUCCGACUUGGGACUAUGGCUGCGCUUCCCAAGACCGCGCGAGCUUUGGUCGUGAAGCAAUCUCCUCCCGAACGAAAUCCGCUCUACCAUGACGCUGUAAUCGAAGAGCGGGUGAUACCGAUCCCCCUGGAAGAAGACCAGGUGAUCGUGAAGAUGGGCGCCGUAGCGUUCAAUCGCAGAGACCUCUGGAUCCGACUAGGACAGUACCCAGGAAUAACAUUCGGGGCUACAUUCGGCUCGGAUGGUGCAGGCAAGGUUGUUGCCUCUGCAAACCCGAACGAUCCUUUGCUACAUAGACGUGUGUUCCUCACUCCGAUGAGGGGUUGGGAGAGCAGCCCGGACGCCCCCGAAAAGAUGUCUGAGUUUGGGAUUGUGGGCGGGGGGGCUAAACCCCCUCUUGGAACGUUUUCCGAGUACGUCGUCGUAGAAAGGGAUCAGGUCCUGCAGACGCCUGAACAUCUGGACGACGUCCAUAUGGCUGCCUGGCCACUUGGUGGUGUGACAGCUUGGAGGGCUGUCAUGGUCAAUGCGCAAGUGACCGAAGGCCAAAAUGUUCUCAUCACUGGUAUAGGUGGCGGCGUCGCCCUUACUGCCCUCCAGAUUUGUAUAGCGAAGGGCGUGAAUGUCUACGUGACAAGCGGUAGUGAAAACAAGAUCCAAAGGGCUAUUGCGCUUGGAGCAAGGGGAGGAGUAAUUUACAAGUCCAAGGACUGGCCCAGUCAACUUGGCAAACUGAUCGGGCAACAUAGUAACAGCGGCAGCGCCGGUGCUCCUGUGCAGCUCGAUUCGGUUAUUGACUCUGGAGGCGGAGAUAUCAUGGUGCAGGUGAACAAACUCCUAAAGCCGGGUGGCAGAGUGGUCGUCUACGGGAUGACCGCAAACCCCAAAAUUAGCUUCACCAUGCGAGAAGUGCUAAAACAUCACCGUCUGAUUGGAUCCACGAUGGGUUCUUUCAAAGACAUCAAGGACGCAACCACCUUCAUGGACAAACAUCGGAUCGUGCCAGUCGUAUCUCAGGUUUUGCAAGGGUUGGAAGCAGCUGAAGAGGGGUUCUCACUCUUGCAACGCGGAGAUCAGUUUGGCAAGAUUAUCAUUCGAAUGGAAGAUGAAAACGUGGAGGUUGGGUGCUAGUUUCACUGACGGCAACAUGAGGUCCUCCCCCGACCCACAGAACAGCGAUCCGUCAUUAAUCAGUGAGUUCAUUACUUAUCAAACAACAUUCUGGACCGCGCUUCCCUGAUUCUAUGGUCCCCAGAAUCUGUCCAAUGAAUUGGUUUAAUAUCUGACUUGAAAGAUUGG